CGCGCCGGAAGUGGCGCGAGCGGCCGCGCGCAGCCGGAGAUGAAGCCGGCGGUGGACGAGAUGUUCCCGGAGGGCGCGGGGCCCUACGUGGACCUGGACGAGGCGGGGGGCAGCACGGGGCUCCUGAUGGACCUGGCGGCCAACGAGAAGGCCGUGCACGCCGACUUCUUCAACGACUUCGAGGACCUCUUCGAUGACGACGACGUGCAGUGAGGCCCAGCGGUGUGGUGGGAUGCCCAGAGGGGCGCUUCGCAGGACGAGACGGGUGCCCCCAGGAGCCGGGCCACGCUGACGGGGCGGGCGGCCGGGCCUGGGCCGCUUGUGGCCUGGAUGUGACUAGCUGUGUCCCCCCUUCAAUUAAAGCUGCGUCAUCA